AUGAAAGUUGUGGUUGUCUGCUGGUUAUUGUAUAGUUUGGUAGUUGCGCGAACAGUAUGGAAGGAUCCAGAGUUGCGGGGUAAAACAAGUAAAUUAAAGGGCGAGCUAAGAGCUCAAUACAAGACCGGACUAAGUCUGUACUAUCCUUACAUGGACGACCAGAAUAGGUGUAUCUUUGGAGAUGCACUAGGAGAUGCCAUGGUAAUUUCACGAGGAAGACAAGUAGGAGUAAGUUUAUUGGCUAAUCGAGAAGGAUCAAGUGGAUACUUAGUAGCUAAAAAUGGGAUAUCCUUUACGAACUGGCGAGUCGAUGUUUCUUUGGUUUUGAACACUGGAAUUGAAGGGGUUGGGAUUUGGCUAGCACCUGGUCCAAUCAAGUCCGGCCAGUUAUUAGGAGGGGAUGAAGAGUUUACAGGACUUCUAGUUUACUUGAAUGCCGAGCAUGGUUCAUUAAAGAAAAGGACAAUGGGAGUAGCCACUCGUGAAAAUGGCCGACUCAGAACUUGGAUUACCGGUUCACUACCUGUGCCUUUAGAUGGUAUUAUUCGUUUAGAGAAGCGAGGAGACUCGCUAGAACUCUCAUGCGGAGACAGUACAAUGAAUCUAAGAAAAGUCGGGGUAAUGAACGUGCAUGAUACUCUGCCAUCUAAGGUAUACUUAGCCGUAUCUGCUCGAACUAGUUCUGGCCAAGGUGAUGUUACUGUUAAGGCCAUAGCCGUCUCUCAUUUAAUUGCACCGCGUGGUGUACCUGCCCAAGUUGAAGACUAUACGCCCCAAACUCGUUCUUCACUUGUUUGGUUAGUCUUCUUAGUUAUGAUGGCCGGAGUUGGCUACUAUCUUUACAGUCAGCAAAAAGGUAACGCAAGGAAGAACAAAAAGGUCCUAAGAUACUAA